AGGCGAAGGAGGCGCGGGGCCCGGGAGGCUCCCGGGUGCAGCGGCGCCGCCGCCCGCAUGGAGCCCAACGUGCGCUUCUGGAUCACCGAACGCCAAUCUUUUGUUCAAAGGUUUCUUCAGUGGAUGGAAUUAUUGGAUCCUACAAAUUUGGUCCUUUCAGUUGAAAAAAUAGAAAAAUCAAGGCAACUAUUGUUAACAAAUCAAGAUGCAUCCGUACACGACUUGGAGGACCAAGGGAUACAAGAAGCUUGGAAGAGAAGUCUCUCCACAGUGCAUCCUGACAGCAGCAAACUGAUCCCCGUUCCUUUUCGACCUGCAGCUCUCCUGCCUUUCACGGCGCCCAUGGUAUUUCUGUCACUGCUGUCAGUAAAAAGUCUGAAGUCCAUGAUUUUACCUCAGGUUUCCUUCUACACCUACACUACAGCAUUCAACAUCAUCAACGGAAACGCAAGUUACAAUCGGCAGUCACAUGAGAGUGUAUUACUAGGGACAGGAGUAAUCGCUUCUUCAACUUUUUUUGGAGCUGUUAAAGAUACAGCAACAUCCAGAGUCGUGCUGUUUGGGACCUCAGCUUUUAUCCCUGAAGUCUUCUCAUAUUUUUUUAAAAGGACCCAGUUUUUCCAGCAAUAUCCACGGUCAUUAUGGACCUUAAAGCUGUCUUGUACCAUCUUGGUAAUGGGACUCAUGGUGCCACUUUCUUUCAGUAUAUUCCCACAGAUUGGACGGAUACAGUGCAGUAUGCUUGAGAAGGAAAUUCAGUCUGCAACAGAAGAAACAGAGCUCUUCUAUAACAGAGGGGUGUAGGAGGGAGUUGAAGGUGAAUUUGUCUGGUUCCUGCUUGAAAACCCUCCUCUCACGUUUCAGUUUUGAGAACUCUGCCAGAGGUCUCCUGGAAACCCCAGAGCUGUCUGCGCCCACAGG